AUGUUGGUCACUGCAGUGAUGCUUCUACCUGGAAUGAAGUGUUUCCUGCUGCUUGUUCGGAGAAGAAUUGCCAGGACCAUUGUGUUACAAGAAAGCAUCGACAAAGGAAGUCAUGACAAGCCUUCACUGUCUGCCUUACCAAGCCAUGUUGUUGCUCAGGGACAAAAUGUGACUCUUAUCUGUGACACUCAUAAUGAGUCUUUGACAUUCAAGCUGUACAAAGAAUUUGGGGCUGCUGUACCUCAGUUACAUGAAGAAAUAUUCCAAAAGAACUAUGUCUUGGGUCCUAUGACUCCAGAAUAUUCUGGAACAUACAGAUGCUAUUGUAACAGUCAUCAAUACACUAAUGAACUGUCAUCACACAGUGACCCUCUGAAGAUCAUAAUUUCAGGCAUCUACAGGAAGCCUUUCUUCUUGGCCCUGCCAACUCUCCUGGUAAAUUCAGGAGAGAAGGCGAAACUGGAGUGUCAUUCAGAGAUUAUGUUUGACAACUUCAUUUUGACUCUACACAAAAAUAAGAUAACCAAGGACUGUUUGUAUAAGAAACCUUCUCUGUCAGCCCUGAUGAGCCCUGUGGUGAUGUCAGGAGAGAACGUGACCUUGUCCUGCAUCUCUGACCAUCAGUUUGACAUGUUCCAUCUGUCCAGGGAAGGGGUGCCUCAGGGGCAAGGGCUGCCUGCAGUGCAGAGCCACAAUGGGACAUUCAAGGCCAACUUUUUUCUUGGUCCUCUUACUCAGAAAGCGACCUAUAGAUGUUAUGGCUCUUUCA